AUCCGAUACGGUAUGGUACUAAAAGGGGGAGCCCUUCUCCAAAUCGCGAAUUUCGGGGCCGGGAAGCCUUCUUGCCGGCCCCACCGCCACCCCUAAUCGCUGGCACUGGCACUGUUUCUCGAUGCUUUUUCAGGCUGCCACGCUGCGAUUCCCACACGCACGUCAGCGGCCAGCCAUGUUGAUCAAUUCAGAUGAAACAUUGCGAACGGCGCUGGCGCAUUAAGCGAGCUUCUCGAACCAACGUUAACCCAGAGUAGAAACAAUGCACAAUAUGAUUCAUAAUGAGUCUGUAUAGCAGAUGUCCAAAUUCAGGUUAUAUCCAGAUCUUCGUAUCGGAUACGGGGCUUGACGAGUCCCUGAAUCAUGGAUUAAUGGAUAACCCGUCGCUGGAUCCAAUCUGAUAGAGCUGUUUCGUGGAUGCGAUGGAGAUGGGGCCGAGAACAAUAGGCUAUCUCCCCUGCCAGCAGCCAUGCAGAGGCUGAGUGGCCAGCGCGACUGUGUAACAUACGGUGUCAGCCUUCCCGCUAGUAUGAUGGCCAAUUGACUCAGUUCGAGGUUUGGGACUGGUUAUCGCCGUCAAGAUGACUCUUCUCCUCGUUUCUUGCGAGUAAUCGGCUGCGGUAUGCCCGCUUGCACGCACUCGGGACUCCAUCUCAACUGACCCGUGCAUCGUUCAUCUGGGUCCGGAGACAAGGCUUCACCGCACCCGAUUGGCCAGACCACUGCAUUUUUCCAUUGCAGCCCAGACUUUUGGCGUCGCCGCUAAUUUUCUGUUUUUUCUUUCGCCUGAAGUCUGGUCGGCUAUGGUAUUAUUAUUUUAGUCUUCACUGGGACAGUCGCUCUUUAAGUUACGGGGGUCCAGCUCGAUUGAGGAGAAAACGUCCGCUCAUUCAUUCUUCUUUUCUCCCUCUACCCCCUCUCUCAUUCUCAAACAACCCCUCCAUACUUCCAUCCCUGACACGGGCACGUCCUAGUGCUAACCCUUGUGCUCGGCUUGCUUCUCUCUUAAACAACAGCCUGCGGGCUUCCUAUCUCUAACCCCAUCACCCUGAGGCUGGUUGUCUCAAGCCCAACAACCAUGGCUUCCUUCUUGGGAACGAUCAAUCCCAGUGUUAACCCCGCCCGCGAGGUGGAAUCGCGGGGAGUUGAGGAGCACACCGUCACUGAAACCAGCGACUAUGUAGAUCAGGAUGCCGUUCCGCGCGAGAAGCUGGCGCGCAGCUCCAGCAGUAUUCUCAGCUCUGCCGAGACAGCUCGGGAAAAGGAAGAGCGCGACUACGAGGACGAGGCUGAGGAGGAAGUCACUCGUCUUGCUCAGCAGUUGACACACCAGUCUACAAAGUACUCCACUCACAACAUCGAGAACCCGUUCAUCGACAUCAAUGAGGACUCCUCUUUGAACCCAAGCAACCCCAACUUCAAGGCGAAGAACUGGAUGAAGAACAUCCUGGCUCUCUCUUCGCGCGACCCCGAACGAUACCCCAAGCGCCACGCUGGUGUCUCAUUCCGCAACCUCAGCAUUCACGGCUUCGGCAGCCCCACAGAUUACCAGAAGGAUGUUUUCAACUCGGUGCUACAGAUUGGGAACCUUGUUCGCCUCUUUACGGGAACUGGAAAGCAGAAGAUUCAGAUUCUGCGCGAGUUCGAUGGUCUGGUCAAGAGUGGUGAAAUGCUUGUCGUCCUAGGCCGACCCGGAAGUGGUUGUUCAACAUUCCUCAAGACCCUUGCUGGCGAAAUGAAUGGUAUUUACAUGGACCCGGCUUCGGAGCUCAACUACCAAGGUAUCCCAGCAAAGCAGAUGCGCAAGCAAUUCCGGGGUGAAGCUAUCUACACCGCCGAAACUGAUGUCCACUUCCCUCAACUAUCUGUUGGUGAUACAUUGAAGUUCGCCGCUCUUGCGCGUUGCCCCCGGAACCGUCUUCCUGGAGUUUCUAGGGAACAGUAUGCAACCCACAUGCGAGACGUUGUGAUGGCUAUGCUGGGUCUGUCCCAUACGAUCAACACCCGUGUUGGAAACGAUUUUGUCCGUGGUGUUUCUGGUGGUGAGCGCAAGCGUGUCUCUAUCGCGGAAGCCACCCUCAGCGGCAGUCCGCUGCAGUGCUGGGAUAACAGUACUCGUGGUUUGGAUAGUGCCAACGCCUUGGAAUUCUGCCGCACUCUGAACCUGAUGACCAAGUACGCCGGUGCCACUGUGGCUGUUGCCAUCUAUCAGGCCUCGCAAAGCGCUUAUGAUGUCUUCGACAAGGUCACCGUCUUGUACGAGGGUAGACAGAUCUACUUCGGUCCCACAGAUGAAGCCAAGCAGUUCUUCGUCGACAUGGGUUUCGAAUGCCCAGAACGCCAGACUACUGCCGAUUUCCUCACAUCGCUUACCAGCCCUGCUGAGCGAAUCGUGAGAAAGGGUUUCGAGGGCCGUGUGCCGCAAACACCUGAUGAGUUCGCUGCCGCCUGGAAGAACAGCGCUGCUCACGCGAAGCUAGUCCGGGAGAUCGAAGAGUACAACCAAGAAUUCCCGCUUGGUGGUGAAUCGCUCAAUAAGUUCAUCGAAUCUCGCCGGGCCAUGCAGUCCAAGAACCAGCGCAUCAAGUCUCCGUUUACCAUGUCUGUGGGGGAGCAGGUCGAUCUUUGCAUGAUCCGUGGCUUCCAGCGUUUGAAGGGCGACGCCAGUUUGACCCUCAGUCAGCUUAUUGGAAACUUUAUCAUGGCUUUGAUUAUUGGUAGUGUUUUCUACCGUUUGGACAAUGAUACCGGCAGCUUCUACUCUCGUGGAGCUUUGCUCUUCUUCGCCGUCCUGCUCAACGCCUUUGGUAGUGCGCUUGAAAUCUUGACCCUCUACGCCCAACGUCCGAUCGUCGAAAAACAAGCUCGUUACGCCAUGUACCACCCGUUCGCCGAAGCUAUCGCCUCCAUGCUUUGUGAUAUGCCCUACAAGACCCUGAAUGCCAUCACCUUCAAUAUCCCGCUCUACUUCAUGACAAACCUCCGCCAAGAGGCAGGCCCAUUCUUCGUGUUCCUCCUCUUCUCAUUCGUGACGACUUUGACCAUGUCUAUGCUUUUCCGUACCAUGGCUUCUUGGUCAAGGACCCUCUCCCAGGCCCUUGUGCCCGCUGCUAUCUUGAUUCUUGGUCUUGUCAUCUACACUGGUUUCACUAUCCCAACCAGAAACAUGCUGGGCUGGUCCCGCUGGAUGAACUACAUCAACCCCAUUGCCUAUGGUUUUGAGAGUUUGAUGGUCAACGAGUUCGAAGGCCGCACUUUCCCUUGCUCUGAUAACGAGUGGAUCCCGCGAGGUGACGGCUACUUGACUGUGGAACGGGUCAACCAGGUCUGCGCUGUUGUAGGUGCGGCUGCUGGUAGUGGCUCUGUUGACGGGACCACCUUCCUCCGCGAAAGUUACCAGUACACCCCUAACCACAAGUGGCGCAACCUUGGUAUCAUGUUUGCUUUCAUGGCUUUCUUCCUCUUUACAUACCUUUUUGGUGUCGAGUUUAUCUCCGAGGCCAAGUCCAAGGGUGAAGUCCUCCUCUUCCGCCGCGGCCAGGCUCCUCCUGAUGCUGGCGAUGAAGAGACACGCAGCCCUGUUACCGCUGGAGAGAAGGUCGACCAAUCCACUCAGGAUGUUGCCAACAUCCAGAGACAAACCGCUAUCUUCCACUGGAAAGACGUUUGCUACGACAUCAAGAUCAAGAAUGAACCCCGGCGCAUUCUCGACCACGUGGACGGAUGGGUGAAGCCCGGUACCUGCACGGCUCUGAUGGGUGUUUCUGGUGCUGGUAAAACCACACUUCUGGACGUACUUGCUACUCGUGUGACUAUGGGUGUUGUCAGCGGUGAAAUGCUGGUCGAUGGCCGCCCUCGCGAUCAAUCUUUUCAGCGCAAGACUGGUUACGUGCAACAGCAGGAUCUUCACCUUCACACAACCACCGUCCGUGAGGCUCUGCGCUUCAGUGCUUUGCUUCGUCAGCCCGCCCAUGUUUCCCGUCAGGAGAAGCUUGAUUAUGUUGAAGAGGUCAUCAAGCUGCUUGGUAUGGAGGCUUACGCUGAUGCCGUCGUUGGUGUUCCUGGUGAAGGUUUGAACGUUGAACAGCGAAAGCGCCUUACCAUCGGUGUUGAACUUGCCGCCAAGCCCCAGCUGCUCCUUUUCCUCGACGAACCCACCUCUGGUCUUGACAGUCAAACUUCCUGGUCUAUCCUUGAUCUGAUUGAUACUCUUACCCAGCACGGUCAGGCCAUUCUUUGCACUAUUCACCAGCCUUCUGCUAUGCUCUUCCAACGUUUUGAUCGCCUCUUGUUCCUUGCCAAGGGUGGUAGGACUGUGUACUUUGGUGAGAUUGGUGACAAGUCAUCUACUCUGGCCAACUACUUUGAGAAGAACGGUGCCCCCAAGCUCCCUGCUGAUGCCAACCCUGCGGAAUGGAUGCUCGAGGUUAUUGGAGCUGCACCUGGAUCCCACAGUGAUAUCGAUUGGCCCGUUGUAUGGCGUGAGAGCCCUGAGCGUCAAGCCGUGCAUCAACACCUCGAUGAACUCAAGUCCACCCUCUCGCAGAACUCCUCUGAAACCACUCAGGCCGAUUCCUCCGACUACAACGAAUUCGCUGCCCCCUUCACUGUUCAACUUUGGGAGUGCUUGCUUCGUGUCUUCUCCCAGUACUGGCGCACUCCAGUUUAUAUCUACUCAAAGAUCGCCCUGUGUGUCUUGACCGCGCUUUACAUUGGUUUCUCCUUUUUCCAGGCAGAGAAUACUCGCCAGGGUCUCCAGAACCAGAUGUUCAGUAUUUUCAUGUUGAUGACCAUCUUUGGUAACCUGGUCCAGCAAAUUAUGCCAAACUUUGUCACCCAGCGUGCCCUGUACGAGGCUCGUGAAAGACCCUCCAAGGCCUACUCAUGGAAGGCUUUUAUGACUGCCAACAUUAUUGUUGAGCUUCCAUGGAACUCUCUCAUGGCCGUUUUGAUUUUCGUUUGCUGGUACUACCCUGUUGGACUCUACCGGAACGCUGAGCCCACUGAUGCUGUCCAUGAACGUGGAGCGCUUAUGUUCCUGCUUGUUCUUACCUUCCUCCUCUUUACCUCCACCUUCUCCCACAUGAUCAUUGCUGGUAUUGAGCUUGCAGAAACAGGUGGUAACCUGGCAAACCUGCUCUUCUCCCUGUGCUUGGUCUUCUGUGGUGUCCUGGCUGGCCCUAGCCAGCUCCCGGGUUUCUGGAUCUUCAUGUACCGUGUUUCUCCAUUUACCUAUCUUGUCUCCGCGAUGUUGUCUACCGGUGUCUCUGGUACAACUGCCCACUGUGAACCAGUCGAAUUCGUGACGCUCACCCCGCCUGACAACACCACCUGUCUCGAGUACAUGCAGACUUUUAAGGACCUCAAUGGCGGCUAUCUCCUAGACGACAACGCCACCUCCGAAUGCACCUGGUGCCAGAUUGAUAACACCGACACCUUCUUGGCUGCCGUGAACAGCAACUUCGAUGACGCCUGGCGCAACUUUGGCCUCAUGUGGGUCUACAUCUUCUUCAACAUUGCCGCCGCCGUCUUCAUUUACUGGCUCGCCCGUGUGCCCAAGGGUAACAAGAACAAGGGCUCCUCUUAGACGGGGUUCCCUUUUCUUUUCGCAUUUCUCGGCCAUUUCUUGCCUUUUUUUUUGAUCCAUGACAUAUAUUUUUGGAUUCCCUGUCUGGAUACACCGUACAUAUAUGCGUACUGCAAGGGUUGGUUUACAUACUGUCGAUAUAACACAUCAUACAUAAUAGAUUAGACCAUCAUUCUCACCUUCAAACUCGCUUCCGCUCCCUUCGGAUCUAUCACAUCCUACCACCACUCUGCACCGCGCAAUUUCUGUACAUUUCCACCAAAACCCGCAGCCAGACAGCAGACAGUUCACAGAUCGGACUGAACUGACUGACUCCCCUUCCGUCCCUUGAUUGUCACUUUUCGUUUCUCUUCUCUUCUCCCCCAACCUCCCUUGCAUCGCGUCUUUCCCUUCUCCCAAACCAUAAUUUCUUUUUCUCUUUCGAUCAGUUAUUGGCUACUAUUUGUUCCGAGUUACACAAUGCUCCCCAAAUGUGGGAUAAUCGCUAAAAAGAAAAAGAACAUAAAUUUAAAGUUUCCACAUUUCCACGUAAGUUGACUACUAUUCUAAGACUCGCGACUAGUGA